AUGCCCAUGCCCAUGUCCAUGCCCCUGCUCCUGCCCUCGCCAUUUUGCUUUUCUUUUUUAUGUUCUAAGAAUAUGAUUUCCUUGCAUCAAAAUAAACCAAUCAACUAAAAACAUGACAAUGCCUAUCGUAUUCCGAUCGUUGAAAAUCAUUUGCCGGCAAAACACCCACCGGAAAUUCAAAUUUGAAUUCCCAAUAAAACCCACAAAAACCCUUGUCUACUACACUCACAAUCUUCAAUUCCAGAAUACUCAAAAUCACUUUCAAAAUUCCAUAUUUCAAUCAAAAACUUCUCGCUCUAUUCACUCGCUUGAAAAUUCUCACUCUCUCGCUGAAAAACAGCAAGACGCUGAUAGUGAACUAGCAAUUAGAGUACAAAACACCCUCAAGAAAUAUAGAGACGGCCCAGUGAGGAAGAUUGAGCUCGCUCUUGACCUGUGCUGCUCCACAAUGACACAAGACUUAGUUUUAAAGGUACUAAAGAGGCACCGCUCUGAUUGGAAACCAGCUUAUAUAUUCUUUAAUUGGGUUUCUAAAGAAGGUACAAUUUCACUUAGCUCUUGUGUUUACAAUGAGAUUCUUGAUAUUCUUGGUAGAAUGAGAAGGUUUGAAGAAUUCAAACUGGUGCUCGACGAAAUGUCUAAAAGAGAGGGAUUUGUUGACGAGGACACCUAUAGGGUUUUGGUUAAUAGAUAUGCCGGUGCACAUAUGGUGGAAGAGGCAAUUGGGGCCUUUAAUAAGAGGAGAGAGUUUGGUCUAGAACUUGAUCUGGUUUCUUUCCAAAAGCUUUUGAUGUAUUUGUGUAGGUAUAAACAUGUAGAUGUAGCGGAAACUUUGCUGCAUAGCAAGGGGCAUGAGUUUGGUAUCGAUAUGAAGACCAUGAAUAUUGUUCUAAAUGGGUGGUGUGUGCUGGGAAAUGUUCGAGAGGCAAAGAGGUUUUGGAAAGAUAUAAUUGCCUCUAAAUGCAAGCCGGAUGUGUUUACUUAUGGAACUUUUAUAAAGGCGUUGACGAACAAGGGAAAAUUAGGGACGGCAAUGAAGUUGUAUGAGGCAAUGUGGGAGAUGCAAUGCAAGCCAGAUGUGGUGAUUUGUAAUUGUGUGAUUGAUGCACUAUGCUUCAAGAAGAGGGUUCCUGAAGCUUUGGCUGUUUUUGAGGGAAUGAAAGAGCGAGGUUGCCUUCCCAAUGUAGCGACCUACAACUCUCUUAUCAAGCAUAUGUGCAAGAUUGGGAGGAUGGAGAAGGUGUAUGAGCUUUUGGAUGAAAUGCAGGAGAAGAAAGGCAGUUGUAUGCCCGAUGAGAUAACUUUCAAUUACCUGCUAAAGUCAUUGAAGAAACCUGAGGAAGUUGCUGGUGUUCUCGAGAAGAUGACGUUAAAUGGAUGCAAGAUGAAUAACGAUACUUAUAAUUUGUUAUUGAAAUUGCAUGCGGAUUGGGAUUCUGAGGAAAAAGUAAGAUAUACUUGGGAGGAGAUGGAGAAAAAUGGGCUGGGACAGGAUCGGCGAUCCUACACUAUUAUGAUACACUGGCUCUAUGAAAAGGGAAGGUUUGAGGAUGCGUUACGUUAUUUUGGUGAGAUGGAAAAUAAGGGAAUGGUGCCAGAGCCCAGGACUAAGAUAUUGUGCAAUUCCAUGAAUACGAGGAAACAGAAAGAAGCGGAAGAAGGGGGAAAAAGUGCAAGGAAUAAUGAUCAAUCGCCAAGGUCUUCCCAUGAAAGAAAUACGAAGAAAAAAGUCAAUUCGGUUCAAUUUUAAAGUGUUGUCAUGAGGCUGAAUUCUUGAGGACGGUGAGCUCUGCUUCUGUUUAAGGAUUCUGUAGUGCCAUAUGUUAAUUGUCUAUCUUGUUUUGCGUCAUGGAUAAUGAUGAAAUUAGAACUACAAUCACAAAAAGUUCUUGAAUUUUAGACUGCAAAAGCUCUUGAAUUUUGAA